GUAAAGAAACAAUGGAUUGGGCACGCUCAUGGAAAUCAACUCUCUUCUCACUGCUAGAAGACGUUCCGUCUAGUCUCCGCAAAAUUAUAGCUUCCAUUUCCAUUGAUGGGACUUCUGCUACUACUCUCAUUGUAGACAGCAACACAGGAGAACCGUUAUGGAGACCUUUCCUCUACAAUGAGAGCUGCCCUGAAGCUUUACCAACCGUUAGGUCUAUUGCUCCUGCAAAUCACACGGUCUGCUCUGGUUCGUCUACUCUGUGCAAGCUCGUCUCGUGGUGGGAGAGAGUAGGUUCGCAACGAAAAUCUGCUCUGUUGUUGCAUCAAGCAGAUUGGUUGUUGUGGCUGCUUCAUGGAAAAUUGGGUGUGUCUGAUUACAAUAAUGCUCUGAAGGUAGGAUAUGAUCCUGAGCUUGACGCCUAUCCGUCAUGGCUACUUUCUCAGCCCUAUUCACAACUUCUACCUUCAGUCAGGGCUCCCGGAACUUCAAUUGGUCAUUUGAAAGAGGAUAUUAGAUCACAAUUUGGCUUUCCAAAGGACUGUGUGGUAUGUGCGGGAACUACUGAUAGUAUCGCAGCCUUUCUUGCUGCUCGGGCCUCGCAACCAGGGAAAGCUGUCACCUCUUUGGGUUCAACGCUUGCCAUAAAACUACUGAGCACUACUAGGGUUGAGGAUGCACGUUUCGGGGUAUAUAGUCAUCGCCUCGACGAUAAAUGGCUCGUUGGAGGUGCUUCGAAUACUGGAGGAGCAGUUCUUAGACAAAUUUUCACCGAUGAGCAGUUGGCGAAACUGAGUGAACAAAUUAAUCCAAUGGUACCCUCUCCCCUAGACUAUUAUCCUCUUAAAACGGCUGGUGAGAGAUUCCCGGUGUCGGAUCCAAGCAUGGCUCCAAGGUUAGAUCCACGACCAGAAAGCGAUGUUGAGUUCUUGCAUGGGAUUUUCGAAUCCAUUGCGCGCAUAGAGGCAAAGGGUUACAACUUACUGAAGGAUCUAGGAGCGGCCAAAGUCGAUGAAGUAUUCACGGCUGGAGGUGGCGCGAAAAACGAGAAAUGGACGAGGAUAAGAGAGAGAGUUCUUGGUUUGCCUGUGAGUUGUGCAAGUCAAACGGAGGCUGCUUAUGGAGCUGCUCUAUUGGCAUUGAAGGGUGUUCAACAAAGUCUUAUGUGAGAGCAAAUUAGAUUAAGAAAGUGUUAGUUGCAGCCACAUUUGCCUGUUAUUGUUAGAUACAUAACAAUUUUGUGAACCGAAGAACAAAGAAAAUAAGCAAUAAAGUGAGAGAGAUUAGUUUGGGGAGCUUUCUUUGGUAGUGUGUUUAGUGACAACCUUUUCAAAAAAAAUGUUUCCUACGUUGUCGCUUAGGAGA